GCUGGGAUAGGCCAUCACAACCACCCAACAAGGCGUUGUGCUACUAUGGGGAAAUACCGAACCGAACCGAAAAUAAAAAUGGUUUAGGUCUAGUUUUAAGUCUAGGUAAUUGCUGGAAAUUCGAUGCAAGUGGAAAUGACGGCAUAUUAGGGAUCAAAUGUGGACGUUGACGUCGAGCCGUGCGUAAUGAGCAGAGUUGGAAAAAGAAGGUGUUGAGCUGCAUUUUUUCUCUCUCUGCCAUGGACAACUUGGGUUGGAGUACUGUCUGAACUACGAGCUGAUACGAAGAAAAAAAAAUGCCCACGAAGCUCUCCACUUUCUGGUAUGGCAGGCUGGGCCCGGGGCUCUAAGGCUACUUCACAGGAUCCGUGCCUGACCCACGACUGAGGAUUGAGAGGAGUACUUUGUCUGAGCAGAAUGACUCAGCAAGAGGGGGGACCCCAAAUAGCAAGUGAAGAGAAGUGAGGAUGGGUGCCAAUGGUUCCAGCUAUCCACACUCAUGCUCCCCACGCAUCGGGGGAAAUGCACAGGCACAGCAGACUUUUAUAGGGACGUCAUCCUACUCGCAGCAGGGAUAUGGCUGGGAGUCUAAGCUAUACAGCCUGGAGCACGGCCAUGAGCGGCCUACAGACAGGAAGAAGAAGAGCCUUGGUCUGGCGACCCUCAAACGGAGAUUCAUCAAGAGGAGGAAGUCAAGCCGCUCAGCAGAUCAUGCGCGGCAGAUGCGUGAGCUUUUGUCAGGGUGGGACGUCCGUGACACAAACGCCCUGGUGGAGGAAUACGAGGGCACAGCAGCACUCAAGGAGCUAAGUUUUCAGGCCAGCCUGGCACGUGCCGAGGCCCCCAACCUGCAGCGGAAUCUGGCCGCCCUCUACCAGCAUAAAUACUGCACUGAUGUGGAUCUUAUCUUCCAAGGUACUUGCUUCCCAGCUCACCGGGCCAUCCUGGCUGCCCGCUGCCCCUUUUUUAAGACUCUGCUAUCGUCAUCGCCUGGCUAUGGAGCAGAGGUUCUCAUGGACAUUGAGACCGCUGGCAUUGAUGUGCCCAUGUUCUCUGCCCUACUUCACUACUUGUACACUGGGGAGUUUGGGGUAGGCGGGGCGGAGGAUACCAGGCUGCAGAACGUGGAUGUGCUGGUGCAACUCAGUGAGGAGUUUGGUACUCCGAACUCCCUGGAGGCUGAUAUGAAGGGCCUGUUCGACUACAUGUGUUACUACGACGCUCUGCUCAGCUUCUCCUCAGACUCUGAGAUGAUAGAGAGCUGUAAUGAGCGAGGUGCUGUGGCCGCAGCACCAACAGUGGGCUCAGGAUGCCCCGGGACCCCAGACGAGGACCUUAGGGCUCAUAAAGCUAUCCUCUCGGCACGGUCUCCUUUCUUUAGGAACCUUCUCCAGCGGCGCAUCCGCACAGGAGAGGAAAUGACAGAGCGCACAUUGCAGACACCAACGCGCAUAGUGCUCGAUGAGUCCAUCAUACCACGGAAAUAUGUGCAGGUCAUUCUCCACUGCAUGUACACAGAUGCGGUGGAGCUUGGGCUUGUGCUGCGGGGCAGCCCUUCGGCGGGCAGCCUGGGCGAGGUUCAAGCCCUGGUAUCUGGGGGUCGUGGAGCCAGCACACGCACAGAGGAGGCCAUGGAGCUGUACCACAUCGCUCUAUUCCUAGAAUUUAGUAUGCUGGCUCAAGGCUGUGAGGACAUUGUGGUGGAAAGCCUUUCUCUGGACUCACUCGUCCCCAUCCUGAAGUGGAGCUCUCAGCCGUAUGGCUCCAAGUGGGUCCACAGGCAGGCCCUGCAUUUCCUCUGCGAGGAAUUCAGUCAGGUCGUCACUUCGGAUGUUCUCUACGAGCUUAGUAAAGAGCACCUCCUCUGCGCAAUUCAGUCUGACUACCUUCAGGCGAGUGAACAGGACAUUCUCAAGUAUGUUGUUAAGUGGGGCGAGCAGCAGCUUAUUAAGAGGAUGGCAGACAGGGAGCCCAACCUGUUGAGCGGCACAGCCCACAGUGUGAAUAAAAGGGGAGUGAAAAGGAGAGACCUGGAUGUGGAGGAGCUAAAAGAGAUCCUGUCUCCACUCCUGCCCUUCAUCCGGACUGAGCACAUCUUACCCCCCAACAGUGACGUCCUCGCUGACGCGCUGAAAAGGGGUUUGAUAAGCACCCCUCCUUCAGACAUGCUGCCCACAGCUGAGGGGGGCAAAGCCAAUGCCUGGUUACGGCAGAAGAGUGCUGGCAUCUAUGUGCGCCCCCGCCUCUUCUCUCCUUAUGUGGAGGAGGCUAAGUCUGUGCUUGAUGAAAUGAUGGUGGAGCAGACCGACCUGGUGCGUUUGCGGUUAGUGCGCAUGUCCAAUGUCCCAGACACACUCUACAUGGUCAACAAUGCCGUGCCUCAGUGCUGUCACAUGAUCAACCACCAGCAAAUGGCCAGCAACUCCAACACCGCUCCAUCAGUUGUGGCCAAUGAAAUUCCAGUGCCCCAGCUGUCUGUGGUGAAGGAGAUGAUCCGGAGGCUGCAGGAGCUGAGGCACACAGAGCAGGUCCAGAGAGCCUAUGCCCUCAACUGUGGUGAAGGAGCCACCGUGAGCUAUGAGCUGCAGCUGCGGGUGCUGAGGGAGUUCGGUCUCGCAGACGGGGCCACUGAGCUACUGCAGAACCCGUACAAGUUCUUCCCUGAUGAACGGUUUGGAGACGAGAGUCCAAUUCUGGCUCUGCGCCAGGUGGGUCGGUGUCGGGUAAACAGCAGCCCAGCCAUGGAUAGCAUGUUCACAGAGCUGGAAGGAGUAGUGGGCUUCCACCCUCCCUUACCUCCUCCACCUCCCCCAUACCACCCCCCUGCCACACCCAGCCAUGCUCAGCUCAAGGGUGCCUGGCGUCCCCGUGUGCCCAUGCCAACCCCCACCCGUUCCUUCUCCUACCCCUGCAACCGUACCCUGAUCCAGCGCCAUGCAGCCGCUAAGCAUGGCAGCUCAGACUACGCCUCUGUUCCCAGGCCACAGCCCCCAGACUGCACCAACCCGCAGGCUAUGGGCAGAGCUUUGCUUUCAGACCAGCAAGCGAUGAGCCUGGAGCCUGUUAUGAGGGAGUUCAUGCCUGACAUUGCACUGGGUGUCUCUGUAAUGUCCCUGAGGGAUCAGCACAUGGCAGAGAUGGACAGGGAAGGCCCUCACAGCCCGAUGGGCCCAUCAGGCCACCAUCUGCCUCACGGGCCCUGCCCUGCUGCGCGCCACAGCCAUGGCCACGGUCCGGGACAUGGCCACUCCUGCAAGAGACACGCUCCUGAGCCCAAGCUGGAGGCUCAGGCCGAGUUCCCUGACCUGUAUGAUUUCUCCUGCCGACCUGCGACCCCGACCUCCACUCACCCCCUGCCCUCCUUUGCAGGACCAGACCUUUACAGCCACAGCUGCAACCCCUCCAGCUCUUAUCCACCACCUUACAUUUCUGACUCUCAGCCCCAGGGCCGAACGCAGGGGCGGACUGCCCAAGACCCGCUUCGUCUAGAUGUCCUCAGCAUGACCUCUCAGAGGCAUGAUGGAGUCCUAGCCAGCCCUUCUGGGGCCCAGCCUAGGAUGGGGCACAUCCCGAGGGGGCGUUCAAAUGAGACAGACCUGACUCACGGCUUAGGCCAUUUACGGUCACCCAGCGGAAACAUGGACAGCUAUGAGGAGAGGCACACAGGACCACGGGAUGCCCCGGAGGAAAUGGUUUUAUCUGGAGAAUCAUUGGGCCCCGGGUCCCUCCAGCAGCCUCACAGGAACAGUGUCAGCGAGGACCGCAGGUCACCCAGCAAGCCUGACUACCCUUAUAAGAAAUCUGCACUUUAACCCCACCUGAGGAGCAGGGGUUGAGUUAAGAAAAGGGAAAGCAUGAUGAGUGACUGUCUAUCUAAAUGUGUGUGUGUGUGUGUGUGUGUGUGUGUGUGUGUGUGUGUGUGUGUGUGUGUGUGUGUGUGUGUGUGUGUGUGUGUGUGUGUGUGUGUGUGUGUGUGUGUGUGUGUGUGUGUGUGUGUGUGUGUGUGUGUGUGUGUGUGUGUGUGUGUGUGUGUGUGUGUGUGUGUGUGUGUGUGUGUGUGUGUGUGUGUGUGUGUGUGUGUGUGGGGAACAGGGGAGCGGGGUGGUCGAUGGUUGCUAUUUAUAGGAUCUGUCCUUUUUGUCCUACCUCUAUCACACUGUGCUAUCCAUCACACAGUCAGAGUAUGGAAUGAGUAAGAGCUGUAGGGUAAUUGUCAAUACUUGUAAUUGAUUGCCUGGUCCUGCUGGUUUAGAGGAUGACUCAGGCUCUACUAGGAUGGAUUAGUCACUUGAGUUUGAUUGUAAAGAAAGAGGUUAGCUCUUUGCUUGGUGAGUCCAGCAUUAGGUGGUCACAAAACUAGAAUAUGUAGCUCAGUUAUGAACUGAUGGUUUAACAAAGAUUAUAUUCAUAGACCCGGUUGUCUCUGUUUUUUUACAGCAUUGAAUGGGGAGAUGUCAGGAAAGGAAUCUCAAUUUACACAAGCUAGCAAUGGUACACAGUCUGGGACAGGGAGAAUUAUGAUAAAAUCAUAUGUAAAUACGUCUGGCAGUAUUAUUUUCCUCCCAUUUCCAUUUCUUCCUGUAGCAUGCCUAUAGCAACCCUCUUAACUAGUUGUCUCCUCCCAGCCUUGGUUUUGCAGUGCUGAUGAGGCCAAGGUUUGGUCACACAAAGCAGGAAUUGGAUCCGACAGGAAGUAGGUCAUCAUUCUCCAGUAACCAAGUCUGAUAAUUGUGUCAGGCUUUACCUAUCGCAGCCUUUGAGUGUCUGGCUUGGAGGCAAAGGCCUGGUGUUUCCAGAGGGGUGGGGGUGCAUAUGGAUCGCAAGCAGGUUCAUUGCUGGGAUACAGUGGAAAUAUAGGGGUGCCAUGGCAACUGACGUACAGUAAUCGACUAGAAUAAUGGGGGUUUGUUGGUUUUUCAGCUGAAACAAUUGUAUGUGUGUGCGUGUGAGUGUGUGCGAGGAUACAUUUGAUACACACAGGUGUUUAGACAAUCUCAGUACUGUACACUCCCAUCUUUAGUCAGGUCUGUUUGUACAUAUCAGAGUCAGAUUAACCAGAAGCUGCGGCACAGAGUGCUGCGGUUAACUUGCUAGAGCCUCUUGUUCUAUUUAAUCCAAUAGCAUCAAGUAAUGAAAUCUAAAGCCUUAAUCAGUGCUUGGAAUAUCCAGUUUUAGCUACCUUUGUUCAAUUAAGAAUGAUGUCAUAGUAUCGCAACCCCUGUUAAUUGCCUAUUUGACUGUUCUGAUCACAAAAGAUACAUUAGCUACCCCAACCCAAAAUUUGAAACCACACAUCAUGCCUCCAUGACGCCACCCUAUGGCAGACUGUGGACCUGCACAGUCAGUGUUGAUACUGUUAAAUAUGCUGAUAAGAGCUGCAGCAGCUGUAGCUAAAGAACCAUGCAAAUGCACACAUGAAAGCCUGUUACAGCCAGCAGCUGGCAUACAACCUCACAUAUGAGUUUCAUUGCACUGUAGGAGCCACCUGUCCAUUAGCUGAAGGGAAAAAGAACAAAUGACUUUUGAGCAAAAGGAAUCUGAAGAGAAGUUGGCGAUUGCUGGCUCACAUCUCCAAUGGAAAUUAUAUAUAAUGAAUUGAGCUCCACAUGUUCUGAGAAAUGUUUAACGGUUUCUAUCACAUGUUAGUGGUUGUCGAAGGUUGGAGUUUGUAUUGUAGUGGACAACACUGUGUACUUGUCUUUGUCAUGAACUCUCACUAAGAAUGUGUGGUCUAAAACAUAACGAUUGUCUCAGAAUCUAUUUUGUUCCUAAAUGUUACGAUUAGGGCAGUCUGUUCAAUGUUGUAGAUGGUGUGGAUUACUAUGUUUUGUAGAGAUGUUUUCUUUUUCUUCCCUAUGUUUCUUUACUUUCAAAGUAACAGGAAUAUGUAGAGGAUCUGAAGAUAUUAGCUCUCUGCUCUGCAGUGAUGAAGUUGCCAAGCAGAAAAAUCAUUUUUCCAUCUAGAUUGCUUCAUGGGGAAAAAAUGCAAAACUCCAGAUUCCUCCCCAUGUUCAUGUUGGGUAGUUGUUUUAUUUUCCAGGACAAUGUUCCGUCGAAUAAAAGUCCUUGUUUUGCUCUUUGCUGUAGAGAAGUCAGUGCCUUCCCCCGCCUGCGGCUGGGCUUUUAUUGGAGAAGUGACUUUGAUGUCUAUGCAAGCUCUUUUCUACCAGCCUGCAUCAAAUAGUCCUUUUAAAUCUCAUGUAGCUCAUUUUGUGUACAUAGUGUUAUUUAGCACCUUUUGAAAUUGAACCAUCUGAAAUGUGUGAUUGCUUGUGUUGGAAUAUAACAGGUACUUUGUACUUGUAUGGUAUCAUAGAAAACAUGUUUGUAGAUUGAUAUUAAGUUGCAUUUAGUUUCACUGAAUCUAUUUUUCUACUGUCACCUCAAAAGGUGCGUAACAGUGGUCAACUUGGGCAUCCUCAAAAUAAACUGGUUUGAUAUUAUGGAAA